AUGUUUCUAGGUAUUAUGCACAUUAAAGGUUCUAAUGCCUUACAUAAGAAAAUGAGAAAAAAGUCAUUACCUUAUGGCUGCGGCUUCCGAAGUCCCAACGAAGACGACAAAAGACGAAAGGAAGAAAAAAGACAACUGGAAGAUGAAAAAAGACGAUUACAAGAAAAACGACGAUUGGAAGACGAAAGACGGGAAAAUGAUGAAAGACGAGAAAAAGAAAAACGACGAUUGGAAGACGAAAGACGGAAAAAUGAUGAAAGACGAGAAAAAGAGAAACGACGAUUGGAAGAAGAAAGACGAAAAGACGAUGAAAGACUUGAAGAAAAAGAAAGACGAAGACGUGAAAUAAGAAACGACGAGCUUAAACGAAGACGCGAAGGGCGAAAUUAUGACGAAGGACGACAAAUAUGUGAUGAAAGACGUAGAUAUGAACGAAGUAAUGCCGAAGAAAGACGAAGAUACGAAGAAAGACGAUAUUACGAAGAUAUUCACGUACAUGAAGAAAUUGGAGAAAGAAGCUAUAGCGCAAGCAAUAACGCUGAAAUGAGAUCCGCGAAUAAUGGAGCGACUGGUACAAGACGACAGGAAUCAUUUGCAUUAAGUUUUAGAGACGUGGAAGACAGCAUAAGAUCAUUUAAUGGAAAAGAUUCGCACGUGGAUUAUCGAGUUUGA